AUGGCAUCACUUUCUGUAGAGGAAGAAAAUUAUGUUCGAAUGAGUUUGUUACUGACAGGAAUUUCUCCACGUGCUGUAAGAACCUAUUUUGAUAAUGAGUUUGCUCCAGCAUGUUUAGAUGCCUCAUUGAAGAAAGAGUAUAAUAAACUUUUAAAUUUGAAAAAGGAACGCAGAAUCAACCAGUCACAGUGGAACCUACUAUUUCCAAGAUUUCCUGAUGUUCCAGAUUCUAAACAUUUUGAUGUGACUUUGAUGACAACAUUACUGAGGAACUUGACUUCAAUGAAUCCUCCUCUUCGUGGGUUUGACCAUUUACCUGCUGCCAUUGAAACAACACCAGCUGCAAAUUUAGCCACAAUCAAGCACUACAGGAAUUUCCUCGCGCAUCUGGAUGAUGGCAAAAUAGACGUUACUUUCUUCGACAGAGCAUGGACAGAUAUUACAAGUGCUAUUGAAAGAUUAGGUGGUAAUCAAAUGAAGAAGGAUUGUGAUCAUAUGAAAACCAAAGCGUUAGAUCAAACAAACCAAGAAAUAAUGAUGGACAUCCAACAUUCUAAUAAUAAAAUCCGAGAGAUAAAACAAUCGUUUGAAAGUCUUAAGCUGUCACAUACUGUUAUGAAAAAAGAAAUGGAAGAAAUACUAAUCUCUCAAAGGGAUACUGUACCUUGGAAUAUUAGAGUUAAGAUUAAAGAUAUACUUAAAGCCUGGAAGGAAAAUGAUAAUAAGAUGUUUAUAAACACAAGAGCUGCUAAAUAUGUACUGAAAUGUAUACAGGAAAACAGUUGUGUUACUAUUACUGCUAGUCCCGGUGUAGGAAAAACGUCCACUCUCCGACAUACAGCUUUGCAAUUUGCAGAAGAAGAUUAUGAUGUUCUUCUUGUGACAGAACCAACUGAAAUUGUGAGGUUUUACAAUCCAAAUCAGAAAACAUUGUUUGUUAUUGAUGAUUUAUGUGGAAACUUUGGAGUUGACCAGAGCGACAUAAAAAAAUGGGAACCAGUCAUGGAGGAAAUAAAACAUAUUCUUGAUAAAAAACAAACAAAAAUACUUGCAGCUUGUCGGUUACAAGUGUACAAAGAUGAAAAGUUUUAUUCUUUAUCAGUUUUUAAGUCAUGUGUAUGUAACAUGUUAUCAGAGAACAUUUGUUUGUCAAAAACUGAAAAGCGUUUAAUAGCUAAGUUUUAUCUAAAAACAAAAGCCUCUGAAAUCGUGGACUAUUAUGAUUUAUAUGACUGCUUUCCACUUUUAUGUAAACUGUACCAUGAUAAUCCUGAACCUAAUCUUAAAGAUUUUUUCCAGAAACCAUUUUCUGUUUAUGAAACAGAAAUCGACAAGCUGCUUAAAAAAGGGCAUUACACAAAAUAUUGUGCAUUGGCUUUAUGUGUCAUGUUUAACAACGAGUUAAAUGAGGAAAUAAUGACUGAAGAAGUGAAUACAGUAACAAGGAAUAUUAUUGAAAACACAUGCGAGGCAUGUAAAUUAGACAGAGGAACAUCAAGACGUGUUUUACAUGAUGAACUUGACUUACUUACACAUACAUUCAUAAAGAAAGCACAAAACGUUUACAAGACUAUACAUGAUAAAAUAUUUGACUUUUUAGCUCAUUACUUUGGAACACAAAUAAUCCAUUGCUUGAUAAAGAACGCAGACAAUCGUUUGCUCAAGGAAAGAUUUUUGUUAGAAAAAACAGAUGAUAUGGACCAAUUUAUGACUGUUAUACCUCUAAAGUAUCAUCAGCUUUACAUUAAGAGAAUGAUGCAUGACUGGUCAACGGGAAAUGUACAAGGUGUAUUUGAUAACAUCAACAUGAAGUUACCUCAGUUCAGACAGAAAUUUCUCUCCUACUUGAAUACACUGAAUAUAUCUGAACAGACACAACUGGCAAAUAUUAUUGACAAACAUAAGCAAUGUGAAAAACAUUUUUCUAUGUGGUUCGAUGAUAGUAUUGAUAAUUCAUAUGAUACUGCUUUGUUACAUUGUUGUGAUAUAGGAGACGUUUCUUUGACCGCUUGGUGUUGUAAUCAUGGUGUUGAUGUCAACAUGUGUUCAUAUAAUGGUCAAUCACCCGUUAUGGUUGGAUGUGAAAAGGGUCAUACAGAAAUAGUUAAGAUGUUGUUAGACAGAGGAGUAGACUGCAAUAAAUUUGACAGAUGGCGACAGUCACCUUUAAUGGUUGCUUGUGAACAUGGUCAUACUGAAAUAGUAAAUAUGCUGUUACAAACUGGAGGAGACUGUAAUACAUGUGAUUACAAUUUCAGGUCAACUGUAAUGAAGGCUUGUGAACAUGGUCAUACUGAUAUAGUAAAGGUUUUGUUAGACAAAGGAGCAGACUUUAACAAAUGUGACAGAUGGGGACAGUCACCAUUAUUGGUUGCUUGUGAACAAGGCCAUAUAGUUAUAUUGAAGUUAUUGUUAUACAAAGGAGCAGAUUGUAAUAAAUAUAACAAGAGGGGUCAGUCACCUAUAAUGAAGGCGUCUGAAUUAGGUCAUACACAAAUGGUAAAAUUGCUAUUAGAAAGUGGGACAGACUGUAAUAAAUGGAGUGGUAUGUCAGCUUUAAGGGUGGCUUGUGAAUAUGGUCAUACAGAAAUAGUAAAAAUGUUGUUAGAAAGAGGCGUAGACUGUAAUAAAUGCAGGGAUAAGUCACCUUUAAUGGUGGCUUGUGAACACGGUCAUACAGAAAUAAUAAAUAUGUUGUUAGCCGGAGGAGCAGAUAGUAAUGAACAAAACAAACAAAAGUCGAGGGGUCAGUCACCUAUAACGAUGGCUUGUGAAAAAGGUUACACAAUAAUAGUUAAGCUUUUCAUAGACAGAGGAGCUCACUUUAAUAAAUGGGACAGAAGAGGACAGUCACCUUUAAUUGUGGCUGGUAAAUAUGGUCAUACAGAAAUAGUAAAGAUGUUGUUAGAAAGGGGUGCAAGCUGCAAUAAAGGGGAUACAAAAGGCAACUCACCUGUACAAGAGGCUUGCAAAUAUGGUCAUACUGAAAUAGUAAAUAUGUUGUUAGAUAGAGGAGCACACUGUAAUGAAUUUGACGCAUUGCGAGAGUCACCCAUAAUGAACGCUUGCAAAUAUGGUCAUACAAAAGUAGUAAAACUGUUGUUAGACUUUGGAGCAGAAUGCAAUACAUUUGACACGUGGGGAAAGUCACCGUUAAUGGUGGCAUGUAAAAAAGAUCAUACAGAAAUAGUACGUGCAUUGUUAGAAAGAGGAGCAGACUGUAAUAAUUAUAAAAGGAGGAGUCGGUCAUCUUUAUUAGCGGCUUAUGAACAAGGUCAUACAGUAAUUGUAAAUAUGUUGUUAGAAAGGAGAGCAGAUUGUAAUAAAUUUGAUGAUUGUAGGAAAUCACAUGUAGUGAAGCAUUGCAAGGAUGAUCAUACAAAAUCGAUUACGUUGUUAGAAAAAAAAGAAGCCUGUAAUAGAUUUGAUAAGAAUGACAAGUCACCUCUACUAAAAGCUUGUGAAGAUGGUCAGACAGAUAAAGAGAAAACAUUGUUAAACAGAGGAUCAGACCUUGAUAAAUUGGAUAAAGAUGACAAUUUUGCUUUAAUGAAGGCUUGUAAAUAUGGUCAUACAGAAAUAGUAAAGAAGUUAUUAGACCGAGGAGCAGACUGUUUCAAAGAUAAUAAAGAUUAUAAUACACAUUUAAAUAAGGCUUGUGAAAAUGGUCAUACAGAAAUAGUAAAAAUGUUUUUAGACCGAGGAGCAGACUAUUCUAAAGUUGAUAAACAUUAUAAUAUACUUUUAGCAAAUGCUUGUGUAUAUGGUCAUACAGAAAUAGUAAAACUGUUUUUAGACCGAGGAGCAGACUGUAACGAAUAUACAUUGUGGGAAGACUCAUCUUUAAUGAGGGCUUCUGCACUAGGUCAUAAAGAAAUAGUAAAACUGUUGUUACAAAGAGGAGCAGACUGUAAUCAAUCUGCAAUACAAGGAGAAACAUCUUUAAUGAGGGCUUCUAAAUACGGUCAUAUAGAAAUAGUUGAGAUAUUAUUAUAUAGCGGAGCAAACUGUAAAGACCUUGACCUGUGGAAUCAGUCAGCUUUAAAACUGGCUUGUCGGUAUAAUUAUAUGGCAAUAGUUAAGCUGCUUUUAGAUAAUGGAGCAGACCCUUAUGUAUGUGACAUAUGGGAAGACUCACCUGUAACAAUGCUUUGUGAACAAGGCCAUACAGAAUUAGUAAAACUAGUCUUAGAUAGAGGGGAAGACUGCAAUAUAUGUGACACUUUGGGACAGUCACCUUUAUUGGUAGCUUGUAAACAUGGCCAUACAUUAUUACUACAGAUGCUGUUAGACAGAUUAGCCGAUUAUGAUAAAUGUGACAAAUGGGGACAGUCACCUGUAAUGAUGGCGUGUAAACAUGGUCAAUUAGAAAUAUUAGGAAUGUUGUUAGACAGAGGUGCAGACUUAAAUAUAUGUGAUGAAGACGGCAAGUCUCCUUUAAUCAAAUCUUGUGAACAUGGGUAUACAGAUAUAGUCAAAGUGUUGGUAGAUAGAGGAGAAGACAUUAAUAAAUGUGACAGAAGGGGACAAUCACCUUUAAUAGUUGCCUGUGAGCAAGGUCAUACAGUAUUAUUGAAGAUGUUGUUAGAAGGAGACGCAGAUUAUAAUAAAUGUAACAGAAGGGGUCAGUCCCUUUUAAUGCAGGCUUGUGAACAUGGUCAUACAGAAAUAGUAGUCAUGUUGUUAGAAAGGGGAGACAAUUGUGAUAGAUAUGACAUCUGGGGACAGUCAAGUGUAAUGAAGGCUUGUGAACAUGGCCGAACAGUAAUAUUAGAGAUGUUGUUGGACGGAGAAUCAAAUUAUAAUAAAUGUGAUAUUUGGGGUCGGUCACCUUUAAUGAAGGCUUGUGAACAUGGUCAUACAGAAAUAGUAAACAUGUUGUUAGAAAGGGGUGCAGACUUUAAUAACUGUGAUGCAGAUUCCAAGACAACUUUAAUGAAGGCUUGUGAACAUGGUUAUACAGAUGUAGUAAAGCUUUUGUUAGACAGAGGAGUAGACUGUAAUAAAUAUGGAAACUGGGAGCAUUCACCUUUAGUGACGGCUUGUAAAAAUGGAUAUACAGAAGUAGUAAAACUGUUGUUAGACAGAGGAGUAGAUUAUAAUAUAUGUAACAAAUGGGGAAAGACACUUGUUAUGAAAGCUUGUGAACAAGGUCAUGCAGAAAUUGUAGUGAUGUUGUUAGACAAAGGUGUAGACUAUGAUAAAUGUGACAGCUGGGGGCAGUCAGCUGCAAUGAAGGCUUGUGAACAUGGCCAUACCGGAUUAUUAAAGAUGUUGUUAGAGAGAGGAGCAGAUUACAAGGAAUGUAGCAGAAGAGCAGACUAUGAUGAUUGGGAAUACAGUCAUAGUAAUGAUGAUAAUAAAGAGUAG